GAGAGAACAUUACAAAGUAAGGGGAUGGUGAUGUAUCACAGCUGGAUGCACGCUUCGACGAUGACGUCGCUCGUCGGAUGAGCCCGAUUGGAUUUUAGCCUAUUUGAAUUCGUCUCAGGCCUGCAAAACAAAAUUUAAUUAGUGUUUGCGCUUCGACGAUUACGUCGCUCGUCGGAUGAGCCCAAUCGGAUUUUAUCCUACUGAAUCCGUCUCGGGCCCGCAAAACAAAAUUAAGUAUUUUAUUAGGAUUUUAUUUAUUUUUAAUUAGAAUUUUUUAGGAUUUUAUUUAUUUUUGGUUAUAAACUUAUUUAUUUUCAAUUAGGAUCUUUUAGGAUUUUAUCUAUUUUUUGUUAGGAUUUAUUUCUUUUCCUAUUUAAGCACUUGUAGGGCAUAGCCAUUAAACAGUUUUUGAUUGAUAAUAAAACUCUAAGAGUUUCUCUUCUUCUCUUGUGGAUUCCAAUUUAUUUUCUAGGGUUUUAGUACCGUCCUAGUACGACUUCCGCAGAUGGGGUUUGAGGAAAUAUGGUCACAAAUAUGGUCACAAGGAGGUUCAACUAUGGCUAGCAUUAUGUUUGUGUACACCCUGUUUGAGAGAUUCUUCCCACCUCUUCGUAUCUAUGUUGAAAAAUACACACACAAACUCACACACAAACUCACAGAGCGCUUCGACCCUUAUAUCCAAAUAACCUUCCCUGAGGCUGAGAGCACAGGGGAAAGACUCAUAAGAAGUGAAGCUUACACCAAAAUCCAAACAUACCUCGGUGAAUACUCAUCUAAAAGAGCCAAAAGACUUAAAGCUGAAGUGGUAAAAGAUAGCCAAACCCCACUAGUUCUCAGCAUGGAUGACAAUGAAGAGAUCACAGAUGAGUUCAAAGGUGUCAAACUCUGGUGGGCUGCACAGUCAGAUAAAAAGAGGUUCUUUAGACUCACUUUCCACAAACGUUACCGUGAUCUCAUCACUAGUUCUUACAUCCAACAUGUGUUGGAUGAAGGCAAGAAAAUUUCAUCAAGGAACAGACAGUUGAAGCUGUACACCAACAACCACGGCAACAAUUGGUCUACAUACAACAGCACAAAGUGGAGCCACAUACAUUUUGAGCACCCUGCAAGAUUUGAAACACUGGCUAUGGAUCCAAAGAAGAAGGAAGAGAUUAUAAACGACCUUGACGUGUUCAGAGAUGGAAAAGAGUACUAUGCCAAGGUUGGGAAGGCUUGGAAGAGAGGGUAUUUGUUGUAUGGUCCACCAGGAACUGGCAAAUCAACCAUGAUAGCUGCCAUGGCUAAUUUCAUGAACUAUGAUGUGUAUGAUCUUGAAUUGACAGCAGUCAAGGAAAACACUGAGCUGAAAAAAUUGUUGAUUGAAAUAUCCAGCAAAUCAAUCACAGUGAUUGAAGACAUUGACUGCUCUCUUGAUCUUUCAGGCCAAAGGACGAAGGAGAAAAAAGAAAAAGAGAAGAAGGGAAGCGAGGUAACACUAUCUGGGAUGUUGAAUUUUAUUGAUGGGAUUUGGUCAGCAUGUGGGGGAGAGAGGAUCAUCAUUUUCACAACCAACUUUGUGGACAAACUUGAUCCUGCUCUCAUUAGGAGAGGGAGGAUGGACAAGCACAUAGAAAUGUCCUAUUGCAGCUAUGAAGCUUUCAAGGUGCUUGCCAAGAACUACUUGGGUAUUGAUGACGAUUCACAUAGCUUGUUUCCCAUUAUUGAGAAGUUGUUGGGAGAGACCAAUAUGUCACCUGCUGAUGUUGCUGAGAAUCUGAUGCCAAAGACAACCACUGAAGAUUCUGAUACUUCCUUGCAGAAACUGAUUCAUUCUCUUGAGAGAGAUAGAAACAAAAAGAGGUGGAAAUGAAGUGUUUUACAAAUGAGGUGUGUAUGGCGUGAUUGAAGUUUAGUUUUAACUACUUUUCCUUCUUUUUCAAAGUAAUAAAUUGAAUUGUUGCUUAACUACAUUUAAAGAACUAGAAUUGCUGAAUUGUUCUAGUUCUUUUAGGCUAUUAUGUUUUUUUUUUUCCCUUGGAUGUUUAACUCACUU